GAGUACUCUCCCCUUUAUCAUUUAUGGAUCAUUAAACGUAGAGGUGAAAUCGAAACUAGUGAUUUUAAAUGUUCUUUUGUGACAAACCUAACGAAUGGCCGAAGGUACGAAUCUAUCGAGGUCUAUUCAAGGAGGGUCUGAUGCCGAUUUUGAGAUAUCUUGCACCCCUUGUUCUGACGAUGGAUGCAGGACGGAAGCGACUAAAUAUUGCCCACAGUGUAAGGAAUAUCUAUGCACUGCAUGCACACGAUGUCACACACGUUUUGCUGCAACAAGAGAUCACCAACUUACAGACCCAAUGAAACAUAAUGGCUCGCGAGUAAGGAAAAGGACAAAGGCUAUUCCGAAUGCCAGCUGCAGUUUGCACCCAGACAGAGAAAUUGAAAUGUUCUGUGGCUCGCACGAUAUGGUGUACUGUGCUCUAUGUAUUGCUAAAGAUCACAGAUUAUGUAAUAACGUAAGCGAGGUAGCAGAAGCGGCCAAGUGUAAAACAUUAGCUCAGUCAUCUAUUGGAAACAAGAUCAGCCAUCUGCGAGACGAUCUGGUGACUACUAAGGAAGAGAAAAUAGGGAACUUACAAACCUUAGAGACGGAAAAGAACGAGCAUCUGAUGAAAGUAAAACGAACAAGCAGGAAAAUUAUUUCUCGUAUUGAGAAGCUUAGAGAUGAAGCGUCCACCUCCGCAGAACAAAAAUACAAGAAGACAGAGCAAGAACUGCAAGCCGACACGAUGACUAUCACUGAAGCAAUAGAAAAAUUGGAUAAAUCUAGGGAGCAGAUCAAUUCUUUCGAAAACCUAAAUCAGACGCAACAGUUUGUGCAGGAGAAGAUACAGAACUUUAUGUUAGAAGGUAUUGAAAAGCUAAGUAUUUGCACGAAGCAGAAGAAAGCCAGAGUGAUACAAUACACGGAGAAUAAGGAGCUGAUCGAACAGAUCAUGACUGCAGCGUUCCUGGUAACAACUGAGGAAAAGAAACAAACAGAAAAAAGCCCGAGGAAAGAACCGUUAAAGAUAAAUUCAAAGAAAGCGGUAAAUGUAAAGGAGAAAUCUGAUAUGACAAGCUGUAAAAUCAUCGGAAUAUGUCAGCUUCCCGAUGGCACUAUUAUAUUGGCUGACGAGAACAACAAGAAGAUUAAAAGGCUUGAUGAUGAUUAUAACGUGAAAGACCACUGCGAUCUAGGCAGUGGGCCGUACCACUGCGACCCAGACAGUGGGCUGAGUGGUGUUUGCUGUUCUGGUGAAUCAGAGGUAGCUGUUAAAGUCGGCGGGACUAAGGAUGGCAAAAUAAUAUUUGUUAAUGUGGGUGCUUCUUUAACGCAAACGAGGAGUUUCGAUAUUGAAGGUGGAGGUUACUAUGGAAUUUCAUUCUUUGCGGAUAAUUUUUGGGUUAAAACUGAUAGCGGUAUAAGCAUAUGUAACGUGAAUGGUACAAAGGUAAUGUCUAUAGGUAACAGUUUUUCAAAGGAAAUAUCAGAGUCACCAACCAGAAUAUUCCCUGCCGGCGCUGACACUACAUCACUUUACAUAUCUGACACGAAUCAAAGUGUUGCAAGUGUCGAUGGUUGUAGGAAAAUUACAAAAGUUUUCAGGGAUAAACGUUUGCAAAACGCGAGGACAGUCAGCUAUUAUCCAGAUGGAACAUUAUUUUUGGCAGGAUAUUCCUCUAACAACAUCAUUAUGUUCAGCAAUGAUGGCAAAUGCCUCGGGGAAUUAAUCGGUGCUAAAGAUAACUUACAAGAAAUACAGGGGAUGUGUUUUGACAAUAAGCGAAAACGUUUGCUUGUUGGUUGUCGCAGUAAUAAUCUGUAUGUCAUAGAAAUGAAUGACUGAACUGGUUGCAGUGUUACUGUAAGCAGGCUGUAAAGGAGAACUAUCGACUUUGUGCGUUACAUUUACAAUAUCAUUCAGAAUCAUAACAAAUCAUUGUAUUUUCAUAAAACGUUUUGUGUAUGUUUCGUGCUCUGUAAGGAUAAAGGAUUCACUAUGUUUUGUUUUGGUGCAUGGUUGAUUGUAUAAUUAUAAUUGAACUGACCUAAAUUGUAACAUUUUGAAGAUUUUUGUUUUGGAGUAAGUUUUAUGUACAAGUUUACAUUUGAUGAUACAAGUAUAAUACAACUAUAAACUGCAGAUAAAUUA